GAGAGUGGUUUUUUGACAGAGUGCUUGUUUAUGGAUUUGUUAGAGAAACAAAAAGUUCUUUCUCUGAUAACUCUACUUCUAUUCGCAUGACUCCUUUUGCGACGCAACACAUUCUUGAAAAUUCAAUUUGAAAAUUGUGAACCCGGGCUUGAAGAAUACAUGGAACUUUCUUCAAAGCAACAUAGACUAGAUGACGACGACGAAUAUGAAAGAAAAGUUUUACAAAGACUUCAAAAAGUUGCUGGUUUACCUUCUGGAUUUGUUUAUAGCACAAACCUGGACACAGAUUAUGUGGUGAGCAUAUUUGAGUACCUCGCCCCAAAGUUAAGUCCUGAACUAGCUUGGACAGAGCAAAUGAAGUCAAGAAAAGCAAACGGUCCUGCAAAUGUAAUGAAGACUUUGAAAGCUUGCAAUUUCGAAGGGUUUCUUAAUAUUGUUGCGAUAAAGAGAAUUUCGUCAGAGCAUAACCGGAAGAAGUUUUUCAAGGUAUUAGACCUCAUAGCGGAUACUAUAGAAAACGGUCAAUUUCCGAGACCUUCUUCAGGCAAGACUCAGAAGUUGCCCGAAGAAAUAAAUACAAAUGAAUCAAAUUUCCACAUAAAUAACGAAAGAAAGGAAAAUGACGUGCCCUCACCUUUUCAGAAGAAGGAAAAGUUGCGCAAGGAAAAUGAUUUCGAAGAACGAAUCUUCAAAAUUGACAAGGAGUCAGUAGAUGUGAUGGAACAUAUGAAAGAUGAUAAUAACAUUAUUGCAGACACCAGUUCUUCGUCUGCUUCACAGCUAGAGGAAAAACUCAGCAAUCUCCAGGGACCUAUUAUGACUGAACGAGAUGAAUUGAAGUACGAUUGUGAAGGAAACGACGCAUUGAGUGAGAGCUGUGAGAAGAUGAAAAAUGCGGUUCCAACACCAUUUCGGUCUUCUAGACCUAGAGAGAUUGGAGAAAAUGCACCUGUUCACGUCAUAUCUUCACCAUCUCGGUUUUUCCAAGAUUUUCUUGAGAAAUCAGGCUAUUCAAACAAAUCAGAACCUACAAAGAAUAGUCAAAACACCAUAGAUAUUCAAGAUCAAUUGCAAAAAACUCAUAGAGAGUCUCAUCCACCUCGAAGGAAAAUUAAUUUGUUUAGGAACGAGUUGAAAAAACUCAAGAAAGUAAACUCUGUUGAUGAAAGCCGUAAACAAGUAGGACAACACGGAAAGAGCAAUUCUUUAGUUGAAAAGAAUGAAAAUUUAACGUUUUAUGACGUGAAGGACUCUUUACGAAGAUCUAGUCUUGACAAGGAAAACGAACUGGAGGCAAACCAACAAGAAUGGACACCGAAGAAAACGAGGCAAAGUCAUAAUCAUGUUGUCCAAACUUCACCAAUCGUUCGUGCGACAGACCCUUCUAGAGGAGUCAACUCAUGGAUGAAAGCUCAAAACAUUUUAGAAGAAAUGAUGGAAGAGGUGAUACAAAUAGUCAAUUGCAUCGAUAUUUCGUAUCAAGUCUUUCCAAUCUUACUGAAGAAUGAUACGGUCUUUCUCCCCUUGAUUGAAUCCAAACUCGAGGAAUUCAAUGACUCAUUACAAAAUUUGAAACUUAAUCUUGAGGAGUCUAUGAAAGAUGUGAAUCAGUAUCUAGAGAGAAGUGAGAAUAUAUCUCGUCAAAGAGACAUUGCAGGCUUUAUCAAAGAAAUUACUGACGAAUAUUCAUCACCAAGUAUACAGUCACUGCCACAUUUGCAGCAUGACUUGGAAAGCCUUCGCCAAGACUAUUUUCAAAUUCAAAGCCAAAACGCUCUUGCCCUUGUCCUUUAUGUAGAUGAGACUGAGAAGGAGCUGACUUGGUACAGAAUUGAAGAAGCCUUUCUUGAAUACGAGCAGUUAGAAAGCCAAUCAAACGGCUUCCUAGGUUUAAAGGAAAUGCUUUUACCAAGGAAUCUCAUUCUAUCAUUUGGCAAACGGCUCGAGAAGAUUAUUCAUAAGAAAUCUCUGUAUAAAAAGUCAGCAUACUCAGUCAUCAUGUAAAAGAAGUCAAUUUCAGCAUUGAAGUUAUUACCAGCUUCUAAUAAUUUCCUU